AUUCGUCUCUGGCGCCAGGACAUCCAUCUUGUUCGGAUUCACCGCAACAAUCGCAGUUUUCGCACGCUCAGACACCGAGACUCAACCAAGAGGUGGAAUCCCUGCGUUACGUUGUCGCUCCCAACCUGGAUGCUGCCAGAAUAAUACCUCAAGGUUUGUGUCGCACCUUGGUUGCAGUUGUACGGCUUUGUUCUGGAAUUUUGUCGGCAUUGCGCAUGCAACCUUGGGCGGUUCGAAAAUGCCUCAAGUAAGCCCUUCGGAGCAUAACGCUGGGUGGAUGCAACUCAAAUUGACACUCCAGCAUGUCUAUGCGGGUGCCACGGGCAACCAGAUUCGGGGCGGUCGGUCAAGUGCCGAAUGCAGCAGCCAUAAACCGACUCUGAAACGAGCCUCCACAAAUAUUUCUUCCACAGGUGGGUUUGAUCCAUGGUUCUAUUCAAUAUUUUGCGCUGGUGCGAGGUGGACAUGGUUAUCUUUCCAGCAGUUCCGGAAAUGGCUCAGAGAUACGGCCUCAACGCUUCUUUUCACGGCCGAAGUACGGCUGGUGAAAGGGACGCCCAAGUCUUAACACAGAAGUCGGGACUGGAUGCGCACGGAGAUCUCGCGGAAAUCCUGGCCGCCCAGUUUGCAGGACGCUGGGUGGCGCCGAAAGGAAGCCUCGCAGAAGUUUCCAUAGACCAAGCUUCUGCAUGCUUUGUGUGGGAUGGGCCAAUAUCCAUCCCCAGUGCACGGCGACAACAAACAAAGGUACUGGGCAGGGAACUAAAGCUGAGACCUCCUGUCUCUGUUGAUCUGCGCGCAAGGCUGCCAACCGUUGAAGGUAAGGCAGGAUCAAGUCUAGGCACCGGAGUCCAGUGCUUCAAGUCAGAGAGCUGGCCCCGUUGCCAAUCUCAGCAAUCAGUUGCCCAGUGCGAUUUGUUUACAUUUCACGAGCAAAAUCUCAAUCUUAGGAUCCGCAACCAUAGAUUCGUGGCCAGGCGAGCUUAUGGAAGGGUCUGUGAGAAAGUCCCCGGAAUCCAUCCCAGAAACCACUUCUGCAGCCAGUGCUUGUUUCUCGUCUGGCCUACUAGUGGAAAUUUCACGGCCUUUUCCACCCUAAUAGUGUUCAAUCAAAGUGUGGGCCUCGACUUUGUUUUGAAUCUCGCAAAACCGCGAUAGCCGUGCGGCUCGCUGCUUCGGGCGCCGGGUCUCCAAUCCAUCAGGCUUAAUUUGGAUCCCUUAUGAUUGCCCAACUGAGGGCCAUGCGCACUUGGACAAAUAAGGCUCGAGCAGUUGACAUACACUCAACGGCGCAAGCAGAUGAAUAAUCGCCAGGGUAAACAGCAGCAACGGAAACCUCGGUGAAUCUGCACGAUUAUCACAUAUGAAGGAAGCACGUCGAUGACGGUACCCUGCAUUUCUGAUACGCCUAAGUAGAGACCCUGGUGCAAUGCGCUUCAGCA